CAGAAAAGCUCUUGGAGGCUUAUUCUUGGUAAAGGGUUAGUUUUCUUGAACCUCAGAAGAUGGGGGAACCACAUCCUGAUCUCACCCGUCCACCCACCCACCUAAGCAUUACCAGCCAUCUAAGCCACACCCUUCCCCUCAAACACUUAUGCAACUGGCCCCCACUCCGCUCCCUCCUCCUAGCAACGCAGAUAUCACCGUCCGCAGCAUCCUCUUUCCUCAGGGAGGGAUGCAUUUGAUGCCCGAGGUCCCAGGGAGUUAAGGUCCUUGGAACACCCUCUGACAUGGCCCGGUUGCUGUUGUUCAUCUUUAUCACCAUCCAUCCAGGAUCUUGUGUCCUCUGGGUGUCCCAGCCCCCUGAAAUCCGUACCCAGGAGGGGUCCCCCGCCAUCCUGCCCUGUUCCUUCAAUGCCAGCCAAGGGAGUAUGGCCAUUGGUUCUGUCACAUGGUACCGGGACAAAGUGGCCCCAGGGAUGGAAGUGAGGAAUGAGACCGCAGAGUUCCAGGGCCGCCUGGCCCCUCUCCCCUCUUCCCGCUUCCUCUAUGACCACCAGGCUGAGCUGCACAUCCGAGACACCCGAGGCCGUGACGCCGGAGUCUACGUGUGCAGGGUGGAAGUGCUGGGCCUGGGUGUCGGCACAGGGAAUGGGACCCUGCUGGUGGUGGAGGAAGGACCUCCUCAGCUAGCGGCUGGCACAGUCCUCCUCCUUCGGGCUGGAUUCUAUGCCUUCAGCUUUCUCUCGGUGGCUAUGGGCAGCAGCAUGUAUUACCAGGGCAAAUACCACUGUCACAAGGAAACACCCUGUCACUCCUUGGAUGGCCUCUGAUGAGUUAUUCCAGACCCCAGUGAUCCCAAGUUCUUCAAGAGACUCUAAUAAAUUCCUUUCUACCACACCG